AUGGAUCACUGCAAGCGCUUGGGAAGGGGAGACAACCACAACCCCACCUCAGAUGACUUCCCUACAGCCUCCUAUCUGCGACACAUCCACAACCCAUACCGUGCCUACAGAAAAGGGGGACACCCAACAACCAACAAUGGCCCUGUGACCCCAGUUGCAGAGCUUUCUUCCCCAUUGACGCACGCCGAUUCCCAGGCGAAGACAUCUGUCCCAGCUCCAGAUUUGAUACAUGCAGAGGAAGCAGGAGACCAAAAGGAGGAAGAAAGAGAAGAGUUCGAUGAUGAGGGGAAUCAGGAGGUCGAAGGUGAAUCAGAAGAGGAAGGAGAUGAUCACGCAGAGGGUGAGGAAUUAGAGGAAGGUGAGAACGAAUGGGGUAAUAAUUCUGCUGGGGAGAGUGAUGAGGGAGCAGGGACCGUCAGUGAAGGUGAGGAUGAAAGUGAGGGAGUAGCUGGGGAAGAAAUCGAAGAAGGGGAUAAAGAUGAGGAAGUGGGAUCAGAGGACGUUAGUAAGGAUGCCCUAAUGAGAACAGGUAAGAAUGGAAGCGAGGAAGUGAAUGAGGAGCCGGAGAGUGAGGAGACGCCGGUGGACGAAAGGACAACAAGAAGAGCAACACACCGAAGUCGGCAAGUAGAGGAGUUAGUCACGGCCACGGGGCUGAGAAAAUUGAAGUUUGACCCCUCGGAGGGUGAGGACGUGACAGAGGAAGAUACGGAAGAGCGUUAUGCUACCGAGCGUAAACGCAACCGGAAAAAUCCACGGUUAAGAAACCGAAGAGCGUCGUGA